AAAAUGAGGUGAGGCCUCUUGGCAGAUUGUUUUUUCCAUGAGCAAGCCAUGCAGCAGUGUGAGACCAUCCUUUGCCUUUCGGUCUACAUCAUCACCUUCGUCACAGGCUUCCCAUGCAACGUCCUGGCCUUCUACACGUUCAGCUGCAAGGUGUGGAGAAAGCCAGCGCCCAUAGACAUCCUCCUGCUCAACCUGACCAUCUCAGACCUCCUAUUCCUCCUCUUCCUGCCCUUUAAGAUGAAAGAGGUGGUCGAUGGCAUGCGCUGGAACAUGCCGUACUUCCUGUGCCCACUGUCCGGCUUCAUCUUCUAUAUGACCAUCUACAAUAGUGCGUUUUUUCUUACUGCGGUAAGUGUCGAGCGCUACCUGGGAGUUGCUUUCCCCAUCCAGCAUUCGUUGAGACGACGACCCUUUUACGCCGUGGUGGCCUCCAUCUUCCUCUGGGCGCUCUCCAUGCUCCAUCUUAGCAUUGUCUACAUAGUACCGUACUACGACCCAGCUGGGACAGGUCCACCACCCAGGAAUGUGUGCUAUGAGGAGUUCACUGAUGCCCAGCUGCGCAUUCUGUUGCCUGUACGCUUGGAGCUGUGCAUUGUGCUGUUCGGCAUCCCGCUGCUCAUCUGCACUUUCUGCUACAUCAACUUCAUUCACAUCCUGUCACGUUUGCCAAACAUUGGCAGACGGAGGAAGCUUCGAGCCAUUGGACUUGCCUUGGGCACGCUGCUGGUGUUCGCACUGUGCUUUGGACCAUACAACGUCUCGCAUGUGGUAGGAUUCAUCACCAAAAGCAGCCCUGCAUGGAGAGACAAGGCACUGCUACUCAGCACUUUCAAUGCCUGCCUGGAUCCACUCAUAUUUUACCUGUCCUCGGCAGCUGUCCGGAGCAUGCUGGCAUCAAUGGCGCAGGUUGUGUGGCACAAAAUAAAGGCGUGUAACAGUGUUCUUUUCUGCCGGAGACUGGGAAAAGAUGGGCAUGAGAGUACUAAAAACUCAUUCCCAAUACCAGGCGAGAUUAACGCUCUUUGACAGAAAUUGGUGGCAAGAACAGGAUGGGACCACAUCCUUAUGUUUUCCACCAUCCUUUUGGAAAAGGCUGCAAUCAUUUCAGUGUAUUUAUACUUUAAUCCACAAAGGAACAAUUACACAGCACCUGGAAUAGUUGGGGAUUUAGAACUUUGCUUGAAGACAAUAAGAAUCCACCCUUCGGAGGUUAUUUAUUUCUGGGAACCAAAUUCAGAUGUAGUACACAGUAAGAGCGAGAACUUUCUUAGUUCUUUCUUAGUCUUAGUGAGCAGACCUGGAACUUCUAACCCCAAACCUUAUCUACAACAAGAUAUUUUAACAUGCCUGUAUGGCUUGAUGUAAGUAAUGCCCCUAUGUUUCCUGCAUAUGAUAAGGGCUUGGACAACAGGCCUCAUAUGGGAGCUUUAUUGGAGAGUCAGCAGCAAGAGAAGAUAUACAUCAUAUACAACCCAUUGUGUACACACGACAACCAUACGGUGUAUUAAGUGUUUACAUACAGAACUCCUGUGGUUUAUGAAUGUUUAGCCUCGAAUAUGUUUUCUGGUGCUCGCUUCUUCAAGCCAGAAUUAAAGACAUGCACUGCACCGGGCAUAUUGAGCGGUGGGCAAACAAAAAAAAAGGACCCUUCACCUGGACUGCUCAGUAUGAUUGGGUGGAGAUAAAGCACAGAGUCACAGUUUGUUCAGCGUGGAGAUAAAGGAUCUGCAAUAGCAGGCAGUACUUGGGUCAAUAGAACUCGCUCUUUCACCUGUUCCAGCUUAAUAUUUGCAGGUUAUUUGGUUCUUGGAAAAACGGACAAUAGAUGAUGGACUGAGAACUAACACCAGACGUUAUUUGAGAGAGAAAAGAAAAAAAGGAAUAUACUAUAGAGCAAACACACACACACACACACACACAAAUAUUCAGGCUUUCAAUAUUUCACAUUGUAACUUCAGUUCAGGAAAUGACAAGACCGGUAAACCUUUCAUACCUCAACCAAAAAAACAAAUCAAUAAAAGGCAAAGAAACGAAUAACAAUAAAACAUUAUACCUUGUUUUUAAUGAAAUUCUUCAAAUCUUACAGCAGCGAAGCCUGAUUAUCUUGUCAACCCUACCGCAAAGAGCAAUUCAUCAGGCGCAGACUGAAAUUAGCUGUCAUUACCUAACGUGUUUAUUGGAGAACCAUGAGGAGUAUAUUGCUUAUUGUAAUGUCCGCCGUCCGUUUCUGGCCUCUACGGCAUCAUAAAAUUUUUAUCGUAUAUUUCCCUCUUGCUCAUAACCGUCUCGAAUCUCCCUACAGGAUACUGGUGCAUGAGUUAUGAUUUAUGAACCUAAUAAAUAUUUGGAUAAGGUUAUUGUCUUUGAUUGCUAAUCUUGGGUUGUGUGUGUAAGUGUGUGUGUAUACAAUAUGUGGGUUUGUAUGUGUGUGUAAAUGUACUCUACUAAGUAUGUGCAGUGAGAAACAAAUGCACAUGAAAUAUGAAUGCUGAAGCCGUAUAAAUGAUGAAAUUUAAGUUGAUGACUUGGGUAUUCACAUACAGAUUUAUGUGUGUGAUGCAUCAUCUCUUUUUCUAUGUAUGAGCCAAGGGGUUUAACCCUUCUAAAAAGGUUCUACAUGGAACCUUCAAAAAAACAACCACAGUUUAUAUAUAAAUUUUUUCAUAAAAGAGUCUAUAGAGUGGUGCUUGAAAGUUUGUGAACCCUUUAGAAUUGUAUUUCUGCCUAAAUAUGACCUACAGCAUUGUCGGGUUUUCACACAAUUCCUAAAAGUAGAUAGAGAACCCAAUUAAACAAAUGAGACAGAAAUAUUAUACUUGGUCAUUUAUUUAUUGAUGAAAAUAAUACAAUAUUUCAUACAGAAUCUGUAAGUGGUAAACGUAUAGGAAACUUUGCUUUCAGGAUCUGGUGUGAGCCCCUUGUGCAGCAAUAACUGCAACUAACUGCAACCUGUGUCUCGUUUCACCCUGAUUCCCACCACAAAUUCUUUAUGGUUCUUGUUUUCGCUGUUUU